UGAAACACAUCAUUGACCGGUGGGAAUAAUAUCAGAGGAGAUGAAGUUAAAGAGUUCUUUGUCGAGUGUUUCAUGUGAAAAGUAGACAUCAACCUCAAUUAGGACAGCCGAAAGUAGCGCGAGACAGGAAAACCACACACAUGACAUUUCCUCUUUUUACAUGUCAGACGUGCUGUACUCUCUCUCUCUCUCUCUCUCUGUCUCUCUCUCUCUCUCUUUGUGCCGUCUGUCUGCUCAAGAGAACACCAAGAAUCCCAGGCGCAAUCGUUGAAACCUGAAUAACUUGUAUUAGUUGUAUCGAGUGAGAAAGUGAAAGGACUGAUGAGAAGAAGGAUGUCAGUCGUUCAGAUCUGGCAUCUGUUUCUGUGUCUCACGGGUCUCCUGCAGUGGGAUGUGUGUUCCGGUCAGUAUGUGGUCCAUAUUCAGAAGGGUCCUUUGUAUCGAGUGAAGGGAUUUCCCAUGUCCCUCUCAUGUAACGUGAGCGGAUUCAAAAAGCAAUUGGUGCAGGAUUUUCAGUUCACUGUCAAUCGAGAUUCAAGUCCAAUACAUAUGAUCAGUACUCAUGAUCCAAACUUUCCUUAUGCGGUCUUCUUGAGUAGAGUACAGAAAAAAGAGAUUGAGAUCGAGAGGCUGACGGGAUCUUCAGUUCUCCUCAAGAUCAAUUCUUUGGAGAUGGACGAUGCUGGAGUUUACUACUGUCACACCCCAAACAAGGACGAUGUAUAUCAUGGAACCUAUGAAGCAGAAACAACACUUUUCGUGGUGGAGGACACACUGGUGGCAUCGUACUCGGGCUCGGCGUCUGUGAGCGCGUCUGAGGGGGAUUCUCUUCCGCUCCUCUGUCAAGUCUCCACACAGACGUUUCAACACACUCAUGUGUCCGUCAGCUGGUUUCUUCAAGGUAAGGACACCGACCCUCGGCCCAUCAUUUCUCUGGACAGAGAUCUGACCGUGAGGCCAGGGGCUGGAUUUGAGGAGCGCUACCGUUCGGGACUCAUCAGGAUGGAUAAAGUGAACGACACAACGUUCAGACUGAAGAUGCUCGAGGUCCGGCGGUCAGACAGUGGAAACAUCUACUGUCAUGCCAUUCAGUGGAUUCAAGACCCUGAUCAUCUCUGGAAGCAGAUUGCCCAGAAAACCACAAACGCAUGUCAUGUGCACAUCACGGCAGUUGAGAGUAAGCUGUCAGCGGUCAUACUGAUGGAGAAAGAUCAUGUGAUCGAGGGCGAACGUCUUCGAGUCAUCUGCUCGGUGUCCGGAUUCACGGGUCCUUUAUCAGUGUCAUGGCAACACAAGAAAGACUCUGAAGAGUCCUUCAGUGACAUCAUCGGUCUGACUCAUGAUGGAGUGACGGACGAGUCACGGGGGAGAAAUAUUCAAACGUUUCGGUCUUCAGGUGGAAACAUCACGCUGGACAUUAAUGACGUUAUGACUGCAGACGCGGGUCAAUACAAGUGUAUCGUGACUGAAUGGAUCAUACAAAACAACGGCAUGAGGAAAAAAGCCAACACUCAAUCUCAAAAAGACAUUUCUGUUAAAGCUGUUGACUUACAGGUGACGUUGAAAAGUCGUGACACAAAAAGGGUUGAAGAUUCACCUGUAGAACUCAUCUGUGCGGUCAAAGGACCCAAAACCCCUCUGUCUGUAAACUGGAUGUUUAUACCCUCACUUUCACCCACUUGGAGAAAUAUUGUGUCAAUAAACCACACGGGAGAAAUCAUAUGGGGAUCAGAGCAGAGAAACUAUCAGCUGUCCGUUCAGAUCCACUCGUCGAGACUGAUUUUCACUCUGAGGAUUCCGAGAUCCAGCAGACAAGAGCAGGGAAACUUCACAUGUGUGGUGAACACGUAUCAGAAGAACAUACAGAAAACCAGCAAGAACUCAAACCUUUUAGCUGUGAUGGUACAGAAACCUGAUAGCAAGUUAACCCUUUCCAUACCCAGGUCCUCUUUGGAAAGCUCCGUCAAUGCUGAUGUUAAGAUGGAAUGCUCAGUCACCAAGGCAACCACAAACAGCUCUCGAUUCAAACUGUCCUGGAUGUUUAAAUCUCAGAUGCUCUUGACUAUGGACACAGAUGCUGUGGUCAGAUUUGGUCCUGCUGCUGGCCUGGAGAUGACGCAGAGAUUUCGUAUGGAAAAAAGUGAGAAACAGACCUUCGUGCUGAGCAUCCAUCAGGUGCGCACAUCUGACAGCGGAGAGUACAGGUGUGAGGUGGAAGAGUGGCUUCAGGAUCCUCUCGGCGACUGGUAUCCUCUAGGGAAGAAGUCUGAUUCAACAAUGCUUCACAUCAGAGAUGAAGAAAGUGGAUUUAGGAUGAAUAAAGCAAAAACUGAGCUGAAGGUUAGAGAAGGAGAGCCGCUGACGCUGAAGUGUUCGGUGGACGGUGUAGGAAGUGAUUCUACACUCCGUUAUUCUCUUUUCUGGUUCAACCAAAACCUGUCCUCCAGUGUGCCGCUGAUCACUUACACUUACGACGGACGAUUAAAGUACAAUGACAACGAUGAGGGACGAUUUCACUUCUCCAGUUCAGAAGUGGGCUCAUUUCUCUUGGUCAUCCCUCGAUCCCUUCAGGAAGACAGCGGACACUAUUAUUGUCAAGUUGAUCAGUACCAGCUGGACUGUAAAGGCCAAUGGACACAUAAAGCAAGCGACACGUCAGGAUCUACUGACGUUAGUGUUCAUCCUUUAGACAGUAAACUGCACGUGCAGAAGGAGAACCGAAGCCUCAACGUUGCAAAUCUACAAGCCGGCUUCACCGUGGACUGUUUGAUUGACACUCGAUCCAGUGACAUGUCCGUGUUUGAGGUGACUUGGUCCAGGGGUCUGAAAGAUGAAAGUCCCGUUAUCAUCUUCAAAACCAGCCGCGAUGGAACCCUACACAGUGCCAUGAGUGACAAAGAGCUGCUGUUUGGACACCCAAAUGCCACACACUAUAAACUGAGCGUUCCAAACAUCCGUCCAAGCGAUGUGGGACUGUACCGCUGUCACGUCGUCGAGUGGAUUCAGACGGCACCAAACCACUGGAGAAGAAUAGGUGAAGACGCAUCUGGAGGUCUGUCUGUGUCUAUAGAGCCGGAGGAUGAAGAAAAAGAAAUCAAGUUCACCACGAACACCACUGACAGGCGUCUCGACAUUAAAGAAGGAGAUUCUUUUGAGCUCACGUGUUCUCUGAAUGUGCUGAAAGAAGACCCGACCCUCCGCUACACUCUCAGCUGGGUUUUCAAUAGCCUGAAAUCUAGCAGCGGGAUUUCCUUAUUGGAAUACUUGAACGAUGGUCGUCUAGAGUAUCACGAGGAGAACAAGCGACGGAAAAACAGAUUCAUCUUCUCCAGACCUUCUCUCAGUGCGUUUCGUCUUGUUGUACUGAACUCGGAUAGAGACGAUGAUGUUGGACAAUACUACUGUAUGAUCCACCAGUACCAGCUCAACUGUGACGGGACAUGGAAACAAACAACAUCUGGCAAAUCCGGCGUAACCACUAUCACGGUUCACAAUAUAGAGAGUAAACUGCUCGUGCAGAAGCAAAACCAAACGCUCAACAUUACAAAGCUGCCAGCUGAUUUUACCAUUAACUGUGAGAUAACAUCUUGGUCCAGCGAUAAAUCUGCUUUUGAGGUCACCUGGUUCAAAGUUCACAACCAAGAUCAACCAAUCAGCAUCUUUACUGCCAAGCGUGACGGUACCUUUGACAUUGGAUUCAGUGGAAAGAAUCUGGUGUUUGGACGGCCUGGUGUCAGAUACUACACACUGUCCAUACGAAACAUCAACCCCGCUGAUAUGGGCCAGUACUACUGUCAGGUAGAUGAGUGGCUGCUAACGUCUGCUAACAUCUGGAAGAACGUGGCUUCUGAUCGAUCUGGAGAGACCUCUGUUCAUGUUCACAAUAAAGAUGAAACAGAAAAACAGACUGACCCUUUAGGAACAUCACUGGGAGUUUUGAUUCCUAUCAUCUGUUUUCUUGCUUUGAUCAUCGUAAUACUGUUGAUAAGAGAAUACAAGAGAAAUUCGGAUCUGAAGAAGAAGAAAGAGUGCCUAUGGGCUGAAAACCACCCGCUCAACCCUGUUAAGACUGACGCUGGAGGAGAUCAACUAUAACUUCAUCACAUCACUUAAAGGGUUGCUUACAGAAUCAGAAAAUUGACAAUUACUUUUAAUGUACAGUGAACUUUGUCAUUUUGAGCUUUUAAUGCAAUGCCAACACAACUUGGUAUAUUUGUUUGGGAUACUGACCGACCUACUCUUGUUUAAAUGACAAGAAACACAAAUGAAAAGAUACAGUAAUGAUACAUGUGGAAUAAAUAGAGUUUUUUGGCUUCAGGCGGUAACACAGAUUACUUUACUUCCUAAAUAAUUCACCACACAAGCAAAACAUUCAUAUAGUUUUCUUUGUAUUGAUUUGAUCUUUGUUAUCCUAUAUUUAUUAUAAUGUUGACAUUGUUGGCAUGCUGAAGAUGGAAACUAAAGAUUACGACGCAACAAGAGAAACUUUCAAAAAUGCAUAACUGCACUUAGAUUUAAAAUAAAUUUGAAGUCAUGUGCAUGGGUUCAUAAACACAUUCGUUAUUGUUACGGAUAUAUAAUAAAGCUAUAUGUUUCAUUCAAUUAAAUGGCAUAUAAUCUA